GCGACCCCACCUCCCGCCCCCGCUGCGCGCGCGCGCGUGGGUCCGUCCGUCUGUCUGCUCUCUCGACGUCAGUGGGAAUUUCCAGCCAGGAAGUGAGAGAGUGAGCGAGAGAGGACGAGAGAGAAGUACCGAGGCGAGGCGAGCUGGGCAGGAAGAGGAGGUUUCGCCACCCGAGCGGCCCGGCUGCGCGCUGACGGCUUCCCGUGCCCUGCGCGCCCCCGGCCUCCCGCCGCCGCCGCCCUCGGCCUCGGCCUGCUCAAGGGCCGGCUCCAGCAGCGCAGGCCGGAGCUCAGGGCCCCGCCGCGCCCGGCCCGCCUCGCGCUUCUCCGCCCGCGUCGCGGCCAUGGAGCGCCGCUGAGCCACCGACCCCGGCCCGCCACCCCGACCCUGCUCGGGCUCCCGCCGGUCCGCGCCGCCCCGCCCCGCAGCGGGAGCCCGCAGGCGCGGAGAGGCCGCGCCGCACCUCCAGGGUACCUUCAGAGGCCAGAAGAGGGUGUCAGAUUCCUUGUAACUGGAGGUCGACGGUCGUGAGCUUCCCCAUCUUCAACAUGGCGGACGACGAUCCAUACGGAACCGGGCAGAUGUUUCAUUUGAAUCCUGCGUUGCCUCAUCCAAUAUUUAAUACAGAAUUAUAUGCACCAGAAAUGCCCCUGUCAACAGAUGGCCCAUACCUUCAAAUAUUAGAGCAACCAAAACAGAGGGGAUUUCGAUUCCGCUAUGUGUGUGAAGGCCCAUCACAUGGCGGGCUCCCUGGUGCCUCUAGUGAGAAGAACAAGAAAUCUUACCCUCAGGUCAAAAUUUGCAACUAUGUGGGACCUGCAAAGGUUAUUGUACAGUUGGUCACAAAUGGGAAAAAUAUCCACCUGCAUGCCCACAGCCUGGUGGGCAAACACUGUGAAGACGGGAUCUGCACUGUGGUAGCCGGCCCCAAGGACAUGGUGGUUGGCUUUGCAAACCUAGGCAUACUUCAUGUAACCAAGAAAAAGGUGUUUGAAACCCUAGAAGCACGGAUGACAGAGGCGUGUAUAAGGGGCUAUAAUCCUGGACUCUUGGUGCAUUCUGACCUUGCCUAUCUACAAGCAGAAGGUGGAGGAGACCGGCAGCUCACAGACAGGGAGAAGGAAAUCAUCCGCCAGGCAGCUCUGCAGCAGACCAAGGAGAUGGACCUGAGUGUGGUGCGCCUCAUGUUCACAGCCUUCCUUCCCGACAGCACUGGCAGCUUCACCCGGAGGCUGGAGCCCGUGGUGUCGGACGCCAUCUAUGACAGCAAGGCUCCCAAUGCAUCUAACCUGAAAAUCGUAAGGAUGGACAGAACAGCAGGGUGUGUAACCGGAGGAGAAGAAAUCUACCUUCUCUGUGACAAGGUUCAGAAAGAUGACAUCCAGAUUCGGUUUUAUGAAGAAGAAGAAAAUGGUGGAAUUUGGGAAGGAUUCGGAGACUUUUCCCCCACGGAUGUUCAUAGGCAGUUUGCCAUUGUCUUCAAAACUCCAAAGUAUAAGGAUGUCAACAUUACAAAACCAGCUUCUGUAUUUGUUCAGCUUCGGAGGAAAUCAGACUUGGAAACGAGUGAACCAAAACCCUUCCUCUACUACCCUGAAAUCAAAGACAAAGAGGAAGUGCAGAGGAAGCGCCAGAAGCUCAUGCCCAACUUCUCGGACAGUUUCGGCGGUGGUGGCAGUGGAGCCGGAGCGGGCGGUGGUGGCAUGUUUGGCAGUGGUGGCGGCGGCGGAGGGAGUACCGGAAGUCCCGGCCCAGGGUAUGGCUUCCCGCACUACGGAUUUCCUACUUACAGUGGGAUUACAUUCCAUCCUGGAGUCACUAAAUCCAACGCUGGGAUCACCCAUGGAACUACAAAUACAGAAUUGAAAAAUAACCCUAAAGACUGUGAUGAGAGUGGUGACCGAGAGAUUCUGAAUCUCUCUGAGAAGGAACCAGCCGCACAGGAUAAGGAGUCUGGCAUGUCCAGUGUGAAGACCGAUGCGGUCACACUGGCGUACACCGUGGAAGACAAGGAAUGGGGUGCCGGGUUUCAGGAUAACCUCUUUCUUGAGAAGGCUCUGCAGCUGGCCAAGCGGCAUGCCAAUGCCCUUUUCGACUACGCGGUGACGGGAGACGUGAAGAUGUUGCUGGCUGUGCAGCGCCAUCUCACCGUGGUGCAGGAUGAGGACGGAGACAGUGUCUUACACUUAGCCAUCAUCCACCUUCAUGCUCAGCUAGUGAAGGAUCUGCUGGAAGUCACAUCUGGUUUGAUCUCCAAUGACAUCAUCAACAUGAGAAAUGAUCUGUAUCAGACACCUCUGCACUUGGCCGUAAUCACCAAGCAGGAAGAUGUGGUGGAGGACCUGCUGAGGGUUGGGGCUGACCUGAGCCUUCUGGACCGCUGGGGCGACUCCGUUCUGCACAUGGCUGCCAGAAAAGGGCACGAUAAGAUCCUGAGUAUCCUGCUGAAGAACAAAAAAGCAGCGCCUCUUAUUGACCAUCCCAACGGGGAAGGUCUCAAUGCCAUCCACAUAGCUGUGAUGAGCAAUAGCCUGCCAUGUCUGCUGCUGCUUGUGGCUGCAGGGGCAGAAGUCAAUGCUCAGGAACAGAAGUCUGGGCGCACGGCACUGCACCUGGCCAUGGAAUACGACAACAUCUCGCUGGCUGGCUACCUGCUUCUGGAGGGGAAUGCCCAUGUGGACAGCACCACCUACGAUGGGACUACACCCCUACACAUAGCAGCCGGAAGAGGGUCCACCAGACUGGCAACUCUUCUCAAAGCUGCAGGAGCAGACCCCCUGGUGGAGAACUUUGAGCCUCUCUACGACCUGGACGAGUCCUGGGAGAAGGAUGGAGAAGACGAGGGAGUGGUGCCAGGCAUCACACCCCUGGACGUGGCCACCAACUGGCAGGUAUUUGACAUACUAAAUGGGAAGCCAUAUGAGCAUGUGUUCACGUCGGAUGAUAUUCUACCACAAGGAGACAUGAAACAGCUGCCCGAAGACACCAGAAUACAGCUCUACAAGCUGCUGGAGCUCCCUGAUCCAGACAAAAACUGGGCCACUCUGGCACAGAAGUUAGGUCUGGGGAUACUUAACAGUGCCUUCCGGCUGAGCCCUGCUCCUUCUAAAACCUUCAUGGACAACUAUGAGGUCUCUGGGGGCACCAUCAAAGAGCUGAUGGAGGCCCUGCGGCAGAUGGGCUACACAGAGGCCAUUGAAGUGAUCCAGGCAGCCUUCUGCACCCCGGAAACCACAGCCUCCAGCCCCGUGACCACUGCUCAGGCCCCCGAACCGCCUCUCUCAUCUUCCUCCACAAGGCAGCACCUAGAUGAGCUGCGGGACAAUGACAGCAUCUGUGACAGUGGUGUGGAGACGUCCUUCCACAAACUCAGCUUUACAGAGUCUUUGCCUGGAGACAGCUCACUGCUAUCUCUGAACAAAAUGCCCCACAAUUACGGGCAGGAAGGACCUAUAGAAGGCAAAAUUUAGCCUGCUGGCAGUUUCCCACACUGUGUAAACCAAAGCCUGAAAUUCCAUUGCAUCCAUCCAAAGGAGGAAGGCAGAGUGAGUUCAAAGGUGCUGGAGGGUGACCGGCCCGCCGGGCCGUUCUUGAUUUCAUCCAAGGCCUCCUGAAUUCGGCUUCCUUUCUUGGUUCUGAAAUGACUGAGUUGUCACAAGCAGAUGGUAUCUAGAGAUCACAGCACUCGGCUGUGGCUUGGGUAUGGUGGCUUGAGCUUUCCAGCUGCUACUGGAUUUCACUCGCUUUGUGUCUUUGCUGCUGUCCCUCUGCUGGGUUCCUGCUGUCAUUAAAAGGUGUCACUGUCUCCACCUGGUGUCCUUUCUAGCCAUCUACAGUACAAUUGUGCAUUCAAAUUAAGAUUAAGAAAAGAUAUUUUUAAAUGAGUAAUGUGAUGAGUAAUAAAAAAAGACAUUGCUUUUUCUAACGUGGUUUAUCUGUGAUUUGAAAAAAAAAACACAUGAACUUAACAAUAUUUAAAACCUGCUACAAUCAAUGCUGAAAAUAGUAUUUUCCCCCUUUUCUGCAUUUUACUAUUGUAAAUAUGUUUUCUAAAUCAAAUACUUUAAAAGAAAAAAUGUUGGAUUUAUAAAUGCUAUUUUUUAUUUUACUUUUAUAAUAAAAGGACAAGCUCAU